AUUGUUACAGUCAACACCAGUCUCGCCUGUAUUGCAGUCGUUCCUGCCUCACCGAAGCAGCCCCCGUGUUGACGCGUCUUUAGCGUGAGUUGCACUUUCCUGCAGUUCGUGGAGCAUAUCUCCUCUCACGUUAGGCUCCCCCAGAUGGAGUUUGUGCUCCGCUGCAACGACCUCAAGUGUCGGACGCAGCUGCACGAUCGAGCCGUCGUCACUACUUGCAGUCAUGUUUUCUGUACGCAAUGCGCCAACACGACCGGCCUGUCAAGGUCCCAGAACGCGCACAGGAGCUGUCCAGCAUGCGGUGCUGAACUGCACAACCCGGACGACGUGGUCGUCGCCGGCCUCAACCCCUCGGAGGACUACAAGACAAGUGUGCUGAGCGGCCUCAGUCCGGCUAUCGUCAUGGAGUGUGCAAGCCGUAGUCUGGCUUUCCACAGCUACCAGACGUCACAGGAGAUUAUCUAUCAGGAGCAUCUGGCCAAAGGACUCACCGAGAAAUACAAUGUGCUCAACCAGCAGAUGGACCAGCUCAUGCAUGAUGCCAACUCCCAGAUUAAGGUGCUACAGGAUAAGGUGCAAGCACAGCAGGCAGAGUGUAAAGCUCUUGAAGUGAAGAAUAACGAUCUCAGCACUGCAUUCCUGGGAAAGGCUAGAGCACUAGCACGCCAGAAGAAGUUGUACGACUCGCUGAAAGGACAAGUCAUGGCGUCUCAAGUCGCUGUCGCUGCAGGCGAUGAGGCAGAAGUGACACUCCAGACCGCUCGAGCCAACAACCGCUUCAUUGACAGUAUACCGGGCGCAAGGACUGGCACUGGCGCAUACAGUUACCCUGGGGGUACAAUCCAGCAGCCUGUAGGAAGCCGUCUCCACAACAGGCGGUGCAGUGGGAGCUCUGGUAGCGGUGGGCAGCAGCUAGGCGGGUUUGGCCCUGGCCCUGGCCCCACUCCCAAUUAUGCUCAACAGUUGCAAGGGCGCGGUUUGAGUGGUCGAGCUCACACUGGUCAAUCUGCAUCCGUCGGCACGCCAGGACAAAGCCGUCUUCCAGUCAUGGGUGGGUCGCGUCAAACUCCGGCAAACAAUAUGAACGUUGGGCCGUCAUAUCAGGAAUCGCCCAUGCUGCAUGGACAAAACAUGGGAAGUCACAGCGUGAAAAGAGGCUUCGGAAACUCUGUGCUAGGCAUGCCCAAGGCAUUGAGAAGGACUGGCGGUCCAUUGCAGAGGUAAAGAGCCAGGCCUGAAGGAACACACUGGGCAAGAAACGUGCGGCAUACAUGGGCAGUAAGCGGCAGUCGUAGGGCGCCAGUA